AGUGCACAUAGUACAUGCCUAAUAAAUACCUUUGGUAGUUCAGAGGUGCUGAAGCACAAUAAAAAGAAUACUGUAAAGUGGUGAUAUUCCUGCUUCUUAUUCCAGUUUAGCAACCCCCGAAAAAGCAGUUUCUCUCCAAUCUGAUAUACUCCCUGGGGACUUGGAAGGUGAAGGUACCUCACGUACAGGAAUAGAAAUCUUGAGCAAGUUGAUUGUCUAACUUGGAGAGUGAAAUUAAUUUGCAGACAGGAAGUUAUGUGAAAUUCCCAAGAACUAAAGAGAUACCUGGGUAUUACAGUUUUCCUUAUGGCUCAGAUUGUCUCCACAGAAAUCGGUGAACUAUCUCUUUAAAUGUUAAAUAGGAAUAAGUGUAGAAUUAAUAAUGCUUUCCAUUUUCUCUUGAUCAGCAAAUGUCUUUGCCUUUAAUCAAGUUGACUAUCAUCAUCUUGAAUGUCACCCCCCCCACCCCUUUACUCCCUUUCCUUUCAUGUACAUUUCCUCAACAGAUGCGGCAUUCAAAACGAGCUCAUUGUCCGGAUUGGGAUGGUAGAGAAAGCUGGGAUCAUGAAAGCUAUGGUGGCAGCUAUAAGCGAAAGAAGAGAUUCCACAGUAGUACUCAAGAGAAUAGGCACUACAAACCCCAUCUACAGUUUAAAGAAUCAGAAUGCCAUUAUUUGGAAGCAGGAUCCAUAAAUGAGAGAGAUUAUUAUGAGCGAAGAUAUGUUGAUGAAUACAGAAAUUACUUCUGUGAAGGAUAUGAGCCUAGACAUUAUCCCAGAGACUAUGAAAGCAGUUAUUAUAACUGCAGUAAAUCUUCAGGCCGAAGCAGGAGAAGUAGUCAAAGAAGGAGACGUAUGAGGCAUUGUUCAAGCCAUCAGUCACAUUCGAGGAGUCACCGAAGGAAAAGAUCCAGGAGUAUAGAGGAUGAUGAGGAGGGUCACCUGAUCUGUCAAAGUGGAGACGUGCUAAGAGCAAGAUAUGAAAUUGUGGCUACUUUGGGUGAAGGGGCUUUUGGCAAAGUGGUAGAGUGCAUCGACCAUGAAAUGGGGGGCAUGCAUGUAGCUGUGAAAAUUGUAAAAAAUGUGGGUAGAUACCGUGAAGCUGCUCGUUCAGAAAUUCAAGUAUUGGAACACUUAAAUAUCACUGAUCCAAAUAGCAUAUUCCGCUGUGUCCAAAUGCUGGAGUGGUUUGAUCAUCACGGUCACGUGUGCAUCGUGUUUGAAUUACUGGGGCUCAGUACCUAUGAUUUUAUUAAAGAAAAUAGUUUUUUACCAUUUCACCUCGAUCAUAUCCGGCAGAUGGCUUAUCAGAUUUGCCAGUCAAUAAAUUUUUUGCAUCACAACCGAUUGACCCAUACAGAUCUGAAGCCGGAAAAUAUUUUGUUUGUGAAGUCUGACUAUGUUGUGAAAUACAACUCCAAAAUGAAACGGGACGAACGCACACUGAAAAACACGGACAUUAAAGUUGUGGACUUUGGAAGUGCAACGUAUGAUGAAGAACAUCACAGCACUUUGGUUUCUACUCGACACUACAGAGCUCCAGAGGUCAUUUUAGCCCUAGGAUGGUCUCAACCCUGUGAUGUGUGGAGCAUAGGCUGCAUUCUUAUUGAAUAUUAUCUCGGCUUCACAGUAUUUCAGACCCAUGAUAGUAAAGAACACCUCGCAAUGAUGGAGAGAAUCUUGGGACCUAUACCAACUCACAUGAUACAGAAAACGAGAAAACGCAAAUAUUUUCACCACAACCAGUUGGAUUGGGAUGAACACAGUUCUGCCGGUCGGUAUGUUAGGAGACGAUGCAAACCAUUAAAGGUAGUUAAACAAAAACAACCAGAGUUCAGUUUAAUUUUAGAGCUUCAGUUAUCUCUAGAUUUUUCUUUUCCUUUACAGGAAUUCAUGCUUUGUCACGACUCAGAACAUGAAAAUUUGUUUGACCUGGUUCGAAGAAUGUUAGAGUAUGAUCCGAACAAAAGAAUCACCUUGGAUGAAGCACUACAGCAUCCUUUUUUUGACUUACUAAAAAAGAAAUAAAAUGUACAUAUAGUGGUCUUACUAUAUAUACUUCUUCAAGGGAGAGAUUACUAAAGACUGUGUCAGUCAUCAGAAGUCUCAUAUUUUUUUAAGCGUUAAAUUAUUUUGUACAGUUAAGCUUGUAAAUAGUACCGUUUGUUUUGUAUCAAUGCCAUAUUUAUCUUGGUAAGCAAGUAUGGUCUUGACAGUGUUUAUUAAAAUGUAA